AUGGUGAUUGUAUUCAUCUUCACGAGAACUGUCGCCCAUCUCAAGCCGCCUUCAAACUCCUUCUCCACGCUGAACCUGCUGUCGUCCUUGUUCUACAUCAUGGUGUCCCCCAUCCUGAACCCCCUCAUCUACAGUCUGAGGAACCAGGACAUGAAGACAGCUCUGAGGAGGGUGCUAGGAUUCUUCCUGUUUCAACUCUCCCUCAUGUACCUCUGCUUCACCACCAGCAUCGUCCCCCAACUUCUAUGGAACCUCCAGGGGCACUCCAAGAAUAUCACCAUGGUCCAUUAUGCGGUCCAGCUGUACGUCUCCCUGGCCCUCGGGUCGACGGAGUGCAUCCUUCUGGUUGUCAUGGCCUUGGACCAUCACAACGCCAUCUGCCGACUCCUUCACUACACCACCUUCAUGCACUCGCGACUCUUACGGGCCCUGGUGGGCUUAGCCUGGAUGGGUGGGGUGGGGGACACGGCGAUUCAGGCUACCGUCAUCUUCCACCUGCCCCACUGUGGACACCGGCGACUUCCCCACUUCCUCUGUGAGAUGCCCGCUAUGCUCAAGAUGGCAUAUGUGGACGUCCGGGCUAAUGAGAUCCAGCUCCUCGUGGGCACUUUGGUCCUGAUUCUCCUGCCCUUGAGCCUGAUCACGGUCUCCCAUGGGUCCAACGCCCGGGCCGUGCUGAGAAUCAAGUCGCCCUGGGUCUGGAAGAAGGCCUUGGGCACCUGCGGGUCCCACCUCCUGGUGGUCACUCUCUUCUACGAGUCCAUCACGGUGGUUUAUAUCUGGCCCAACAGCUCCUUCUCUGGGAUUUUGGACAUGUUUCUGACCCUCUUCUACACUGUGGUUACCCCCACCCUCAACCCGCUUAUCUAA